AUGCCUCCCAUAUCAACGGAAGAUCCCGAAAAUGGUCCCGAAAACGUCGGGUUUGAUCCUUCAUCAACGUUAUUAGGCAGAUUCCUCAUUUGCCUAGUAGUAGUUUUGUGCUUCUUGUUUAUUGUUUCUGUGCUAUUUCGACAACGAAGGAAUGCUCUACAAAUUUUGCAUGAGCAACAAGAACUUAUUUCGAGACAACGGAGAGGCCGCAUUGAAGCUACGGAUGCGGCCUUACAGAGACGACGAAACAAUGAGCCUUUGCCUACCUAUGAACCUCCAGAAAUAUCUGGUUACGAGAAUCUUGAAGACUAUCCUGUUUCAAAUACCCCUCCACCACCGGCUACUUUUAAUGAGCUUGGAGAGUUCGUAGAACAAAAUCCCGUUAGUACCGCAGAAUUUUCUGAGAUGCCACCUUCUUACGAAAACAUACUUGUUGCGCAGGAUAAAACGAGUUUCAGUUGA